GUCGAUUGUUACACAUCUGGUGUUUCAUUGAAUUUUAUAUUCUGUCUUUUUUCUUCUUAAAACAAACCAAUAUGGCUUUUUUUUCAGGAAUAGUGAAAAGCAGCUUGUCUUUGCUUGGUAAUAGCAAUACAGGAUUUGGAUAUAGCAUAGGCGAUAAAGUUGAAUUUUACUCAGACCAUUCUAUCUGGAGCCUUCAUCAUGGUACAAAAAAGGAAGACGGUUCUGAAGUAACAAUCUUUGUGUUUGAUUGUGUCAAGAAUAAAGACAGAAUUCAACUGGCACGAAAUGCUUUUAAACGAAUUAGAACCAUGAGGCAUCCCGACAUAUUACGCUACUUAGAUGGCAUUGAGACAGAACAGAACAUCAUGUUUGUGACCGAUCCAGUUGAACCUCUCUCUAAUCAGUUAAAGCAAAAUCCGGAUAAGAACUUGAUUCUCUGGGGUUUAUACAAAAUUGCCAAUGCUGUUAAAUUUUUGAAUAACGAUUGUGACAUGGUUCAUGGUAGUGUCAAAGUGGCUUCUGUUUUUACAAAUAAAGCAGGAGAAUGGAAAUUGGGAGGGUUUGAAUUACUGUGUUCCAUGAAGGAAGAGAGUCCUAUUGUUCUGACAUUUGGAGGAUUGGUGCCCGAUGCGCAGCGAUAUGCGACGCCUGAAGUUAAAAAAUCUGGAUGGACAACGAUCAAAGACUUACCUGCCGGUGCCAUCGACUCGUAUCAUAUGGGAUGCCUUGUCUAUGAGGCAUACAACAACCGCUUUGAGAGUAUAGAUUCACUUAUAUCACAGAAAGGUAGCAUACCUGUAGCAAUGCAACGUAUCUACAGUAGUUUAUUGAACCCAUCAUUCAGGGCAAGAGCAACAACCGACAUGUUUUUGGAGGAAGGCCUACGACCAAAAGGUUACUUUUCGAAUGAUUUUGUUAAGGUCAAUUUGUUUCUGGAAAACAUCAGUAUAAAAGAGCAAAGCGAAAAAGAGGGGUUUUUUAAGCAGCUGGAUUCUUCGAUCGAAACAUUCCCAAGUGAAUUUUCAAAAUACAAGAUUUUGCCCGAAUUGAUAAAGGCAUUUGAAUUUGGUUCAGGUGGCGCUAAGGCAUUAAGUGCCAUAGUGAAGGUUGGCGAUCACCUUUCAGACGAGGAGUACGAAGAAAUAAUUAUGCAACCUGUUAUAAGAAUGUUCUCUUCUCCUGAUCGUGCUAUACGCGUCAGUUUAUUGGAAAAUAUGCCCAAAUUCAUUGACCAUAUGACAAAUAAAAUGGUUACAGCGCAGGUGUUUCCAAAUAUUGCGACUGGAUUUACAGACACCAUACCAAUUAUUCGAGAGCAAACAAUCAAAUCAAUCUUACUGCUGGUCCCAAAAUUGAAUGAGCGUAUCAUUAAUUACGACCUAUUGAAGUAUCUGGCAAAACUACAAAUGGAUCCAGAGCCUGGAAUUAGAACUAACACUACCAUAUGUUUGGGGAAAAUUGCAAAACAUUUAACCGAUGCUACCCGAAGAAAAGUUUUGGUGCCUGCUUUCACAAGAAGCUUGAGGGAUGGGUUUUUCCCUGCCAGAGUUGCUGCACUUAUGUCUCUUAAUGCAACGUCUGAAUAUUACGAUGCUCAAGACUGUGCUACAAGAAUUUUACCUGCUGUAUCUCCUGUCUUGAUUGAUAAAGAAAAGGUCGUGCGUGAUCAAGCAUUUAAAGUGAUGGCUAGUCUUAUGAAUAGGGUCCAAGACUUUGCAGAAAAGAUGCCCGACACUGCGAUCGUUGAACAAACCAUAGCCCCAAUGUCAGAAGAAGCAGCUUCUGCCCAAGGUGCAGGAAUGGCUGGGGUUUUUGGUGGUGCAACAAAAGGACUUGCAGGUUGGGCAGUCUCAUCUAUUCAAUCCAGAUUUGCAAGCCCAAGCGGCGAAAUUGUAAAUCCAAUUAAUUCCCAAAGCUCCACACCGGUUGAAAGUCUAUUAACUGAAAAAUCACCUCAUCAAAAAAUACCAACGAAUAAUGCUUCGAGAUUCCAGACCACAGAAGCUGAUGAGAUUGAUAAUGAAAUUGGUGGCUGGGAUCAAGAAGAUGUCAGCCCAUUUGACUUUGAUCAACAAGAUGAAGAUAAUAGUGAUAACUGGGAGUCUUUCGAAAAAAAGCCUGCGCCAUUUUCUCCUCCCCCUUUAACCAAAGUAGCUGUGCCUGUUUCCUCAUUUGGUUCAUAUCCUACAUCAUCCGGGAACAGCGGAAGCAAAGCACAAGGCUCAAUGAAAUUAAGUCAUAGACCCAAUGUCAUUGAUCUUGAUUUAUUGGAUGAUGGCAUUCCUGAUGUUGCACAAUAUGCCUCAGAAAAACAUAGUAGCGCGUCACCAACUUCAGUACCUCCACAUGCAAAUAAAGACGAUAGAAAAGCAGAACUCGAGCGUAGAAGAGAAGAACGAAGACAGCGUAUGGCAGAGUUACGGGAGAAAAAGAAAGGCGGAAUAGGUGCCAAAAAAAUUGAAAACAUCGCAACAUGCAUAGCUUUACCAAAAGUAACAAAAACUACAAUACAAACGUACACAUCAACCGCUAUAUCUAGCUCGCCUACGUUAUCUCCUCUUUUAAAAAGAGAUGCCGGGGAUUAUCAAGAUAAUUUAGAUAUAUAUCAAAAUUGGGCUAGUAUGUGUAGGGGAAGAGAAGAUAAAAAGAAUAUUGUGAUGAUAGCCGAUCAAAGCAAUCGUACUGUCGAUUCUGAGAACAAUCUAUCCGUUAACAAUUUAUGGACAACAGUCACCCAGACAGUAAAUUGCGGAGGUGGGCAAGCAGUAACUGUUACAAAAACUGUUACAGCUUCUUCAACUUCUAAACCAAAGGCUACAACAAAGCCAUCAGGAAGCUAUUGUACAGGACAGUGCUGGUCUGAUUAUUUAUGGCAUACAUACGGUGAUAGCAUCAGUCCUGCCCAAGGUUUUUCUGGCGUUGUCUGUGUAAUCCUUGGAUUGUACUUCUCUAUCCUUGGGUUCAGAUUCUUCCGCCCUACUUUGGGACUGUCGGGAUUUGUUUUCUUUGCCACUAUGACAUGGAUUGGCCUUGUAAAUAAUGAGCCUGCUGGCGGCUAUCCAUUGGGCGACCUUAUAUACAUUUGUGUCAGCGCCGGUCUUGGCAUACUUGGUGCCUUGUUCUUUGCAUUCUUUUAUCAAAUUGGCGUAUAUUUUAUUGCAGCUCUUGGGGGAUUCUAUUUUGCUGUCUAUUUUCUCUCAUGGAAGGAGAAUUUGGUGAUAACUAUAAAAGUUGCUCGUGUUUGCUUUAUCAUCGGUAUCAGUGUAUUAGGUCCCUUUGCCAUGUAUUUUGUCGAAACUUAUGUAGUGCUCUUUUCUACUGCAUUAAUGGGAUCUUAUCUUUUUUACUUCGGUCUAGAUUUUUUUGCUCAUACUGGAUUCAUAAACCCCUGGCUUUUGAUAUUCGAUGGGAAUCCAAAUCAUGUUAACACAUACUUAAUGAGUAAACCUGUAUAUGUCAUUCUUGGGUUUGUAAUUGUUAAUACACUUAUUUCAUUUGUAUGGCAGUACUAUUGGAAUAUCAUCGUUCGUAAAUCUACCGGAUUCGGACAUGCUCCUGUAGAAGAAGAGAAAGCGCCAGAAAAAAAGGAAGAAAAAAAAGAAGAUCCACCUGUUCAAUAUGUCUGUAUGCCACCUCCAUACUAUCCCCCACAGCCCACAUUUAUGCAAAAUGUGUGCGCACCACAUUACCAAACACAUCAAUAAACAGUAUAUAUAGCAUAAUUUUAACAAUACAAUUUCUAAGCAAUUCGAAUCCAAAUGAUCUGCUUUGAUCUCAUUAUUAAGGAAUUCAAUUAAAAAACUAUCAUUAGAUGAAAUGCGAAAUUAAU